AUGUCAAAUGAUGAAAACAAACAAUAUUAUAUAAUUAAGAAGCAUUUAGGUUUACUAGAUAAUGAAAAUAUUCAAUUAAUUAAUAAUUAUUUAAAAGAUUUAUUCCAAAAAUCUGGCGGUCAAUCAUUGUUCAAUUUUAAGGAUCUGGUAAAACAGAAUGGUGGGGAAGACUUUGAACAAUCAUUUAUCCGAGAAUAUUUUGACUCAUUUAAAUCAUCUGCUAGUAAAAAAAGACGUUUGGAUGAAGAUGUAUAUGAAGGUUUUGUAAUUUCAACACCACCUUAUGGAGCAUUUAUUGAAUUCAAUAAUACUUCUGGAUUAUGUCAUAUUUCACAAAUAUCAUACGAUGGGUCAAGAACUGAAACUUCAUCUAUAUUGAAACCAAAUGAAAAAGUAUUUGUCAAAAUAAUUGAUGAAAAACCUAAUGGGAAAGUUUCAUUAUCAAUGAGAGGUAUCAAUCAAACUACUGGUGAAUUAGAUCGAGGAAGAGGCAUUCAUAAAACAACGAAAAAUAAAAGGAAGAUGACUUCCCCUGAAAGAUGGGAAGCAAGACAAUUAAUAGCAUCUGGUGCUGCAAGUAUGGAAGACUAUCCAGAUUUGAAUGAGUUUGAUAAUGAUGGAGAUAAUAACAAACCUAUUCAUCAUGAACCAGAAAUUGAUACAGAAAUUGAACUAAAUAAUUCGAGGCCAAAUUUUUUGAAACAACCAACAAGUAAAGAAGGUAUGAGUAUGAAUACGAUAUUAAGUAUGGACGGUGCUAUGACAAAAGCUAUAUCAAAUGGUUCAGAAUUAGCUAAAAAAUUUAGAGAAGAUAAAAUUAAAGAGCAGAAACUGAAACUUAAUAAGAUUGAAGAUCCAUUAUUUGAAGAAGCAACAGAAACUAAAAUUGCUGAAUGGAAAAAAUCUAAAAAAGUAUCAUUUGGUAAACCAACUACAAUGUCAAUUGACGAACAAAGAAAAUCAUUACCUGUUUUUAAUAUGAGAAAUGACCUUAUAGAGCAAAUAAAAAAUAAUCAAUUUCUAGUAAUUGUUGGUGAAACCGGUUCUGGUAAAACAACUCAAAUAGUUCAAUAUUUAUAUGAAGAAAAGUUAAACAUAAUAGAUGGAGAAUCAAAGAUAAUUGGAUGUACUCAACCAAGAAGAGUUGCAGCUACAUCUGUUGCGAAAAGAGUUUCAGAAGAAGUAGGUUGUACCUUGGGUGAAGAAGUUGGUUAUAACGUUAGAUUUGAUGAUAAUACAUCCUUUAAAACUAAGAUUAAAUAUAUGACUGAUGGUAUGUUGGAAAAAGAAGCAUUAACUGAUCCUAAAAUGAAGAAAUAUGCAAUUAUAAUGUUGGAUGAAGCUCAUGAAAGAACCAUUGCAACAGAUGUAUUAUUUGCUUUAUUGAAAAAAGCUGCCUUAGCCAAUCCAAAUUUAAAAGUUAUAGUUACAUCUGCUACUUUAGAUUCUAAUAAAUUUUCAAAAUAUUUUAAUAAUUGUCCAAUUGUCAAUAUACCAGGAAGAACUUUCCCUGUUGAAGUUUUAUAUACAAGGGAACCAGAAAUGGAUUAUUUAGCAGCAGCUUUAGAUUCAGUAAUGCAAAUUCAUAUUUCAGAAGCACCGGGUGAUAUUUUAGUAUUUUUAACAGGUCAAGAUGAAAUUGAUACUAGUUGUGAAGUUUUAGCAGAAAGAGUGAAACUUUUGGGUGAUACAUCUGAAUUAAUUAUUUUACCUGUAUAUUCAGCUUUACCUUCAGAAAUGCAAACUAAAAUAUUUGAGCCCACACCCACGGGUUCAAGAAAAGUCAUUUUAGCAACUAAUAUAGCAGAAACUUCAAUUACAAUAGAUGGUAUUUAUUAUGUUAUUGAUCCUGGAUAUGUUAAAUUAAAUGCUUAUGAUCCAAAAGUUGGUAUGGAUUCUUUAAAAAUUUGUCCAAUAAGUAAAGCACAAGCAAAUCAAAGAAGUGGUAGAGCAGGUAGAACAGGACCAGGUAAAUGUUAUAGAUUAUAUACUGAAGAAAGUUAUGAAAAAGAAAUGUUACCAAAUACAAUACCAGAAAUUCAAAGACAAAAUUUAUCACAUACAAUUUUAAUGUUAAAAGCAAUGGGUAUAAAUGAUUUAAUAAAUUUUGAAUUUAUGGAUCCACCUUCAACAAGAACUUUAAUGUCAUCAUUAGAAGAUCUUUAUAUGUUAGAAGCAUUAAAUGAUGAAGGAGAAAUUACAACAUUAGGUAGAAAUAUGGCAGAAUUCCCCAUGGAACCAGCAUUAGCUAAAACUUUAAUUAAAUCAGUUGAAUUUGAAUGUACAGAAGAAAUUUUAAGUAUAAUUGCAAUGUUAUCAGUACAAACAAUAUUUUAUAGACCAAAAGAUAAACAAAAUUUAGCUGAUCAAAAAAAAUCAAGAUUUAAUUCAAUAAUGGGUGAUCAUUUAACUUUAUUAAAUGUAUAUCAAAGAUGGUUUAAUAAUAAUUAUAAUAAAAAUUGGUGUCAAGAUAAUUUUAUACAAGAAAGAAGUAUGAGAAGAGCAUUAGAAGUUAGAAAACAAUUAAGAAGUAUAAUGCAAAAAUUUAAUUAUCCUAUAAAAAGUUGUGGAUCAAAUUUAGAUUCAAUUAGAAAAACAUUAUGUUGUGGAUUUUUCAAAAAUACUGCAAUACAUUUAGGUGAAGGUUAUAAAACAUUAUCAAAAAAUGAAACAGUUUAUUUACAUCCAUCAUCAAGUUUAUUUGGUAAAAAUCCAGAAUAUUUAUUAUAUCAUACUAUUUUAUUAACUUCAAAAGAAUAUAUGCAAUGUGUUACUAUAAUUGAUCCAAAAUGGCUUUAUGAAUUUGCACCAAAAUAUUUUAAAUUAGGUGAUUCAACUCAAGUUAAAAAGAAAGAUAAAAUUGUACCAUUAUUUUCACACAAUAGGAUUAAAAAACCAAAACAUCCAUUCCAAAAGAAAUCAGCUAGAUACGCACAUGAUGCAAUACAUGAUAGAUUAAGAUUAUAUUCAACUUCAUCAAAUAUUUCAAUAAGUGGUAUUAAAUGUUUAAAAAGAAGUUAUCCACCAACUCAAUCAAUACCUGAUACUAAUAAUUAUACAAAUUCAAUAUUAGAAUGUACUCCAUUAGAAUCAAAUAAUUUAGGUGAUUUUUAUGAUCCAAGAACUGAUCGUAAAAUUGUUUUAAAAGGUAUUAAUAUGGAUUCUCAACUGAAAUUACCUGUUAUACCAGAUACUACAUCAUAUAAUGGUGAUUGUACUGAUUCAAAUAAUUUUUUUUUCAAUGGUGAUGAAGUUUCUUUUGUUGGUAGACCAUUUCCUUUAGAUGAAGCAAAACUGCAUUUUCAAAGAAUUAAAAGUUGGGGUUAUAAUACUGUAAGAUAUGUUUUAACAUGGGAAGCUAUUGAACAUGAAGGUCCUGGUAAAUAUGAUCAAGAUUUUGCAAAUUAUACAGUUGAAAUAUUAAAAAUUAUUGGAGAAGUUGGUGGAUUAUAUGUAUUUUUAGAUAUUCAUCAAGAUGUAUGGUCAAGAUAUUCUGGUGGUAGUGGAGCUCCAAUGUGGACUUUUUAUGCAGCUGGAUUAAAUCCUAAAAAUUUUGCAAUAACUGAAGCUGCCAUUCUACAUAAUGAACCAAGAUUUCAUGAUUCUACUGAUAUUUAUCAUAAAAUGUUAUGGACUUCAAAUUAUAAAAGAUUAGCUGCUUUAGUUAUGUUUACUGCUUUUUUCGCUGGUAAAAAUUAUUUCCCAAAAUUUAAAAUUGAUGGUGAAAAUAUUCAAGAUUAUUUACAAAAUAAAUUACUUGGUGCUAUUGAAUUUAUUUGGGUGGAAAUAUUAAAAGGAGUACCUGAAUUAAUUGAAAAUGGUACAAUUUUAGGAUUUGAAUCAAUGAAUGAACCUAAUUGUGGGUUAAUUGGGUAUCCAAAUUUAAAUUAUAUACCAAAUGAACAACAACUACGAGUAGGGACAACUCCAACAGCAUUCCAAUCUAUGAAAAUGGGUAUGGGGUUUACAUGUGAAGUAGAUGAAUAUAGAAUUACACUUACUGGACCAAGAAAAUAUGGUACAAAAAUUAUAGAUCCAAAGGGGAAAAAAGCAUGGUUAACUCCUGAUGAAGGAAAAAUUAUAGAUAAACAUUAUGGAUUUAAUAGAAAUGAAGAUUGGGAAUUUGGGAAAUGUUUAUUUGCAUUACAAGGUAUAUGGGAUUGGCCAGUUAAUGAUAUAUCAGCAGAAGAUAUGACUCAAGCACAAAGAUUAGAAAUUAGUUCUAAAUGUUUAUUGUUACAACCAGAAUUUUUUAGUAAAGCAUUACCUAUUCAUAAUUACCCUGACAACUUUACUAAAAUUGAUGUUCAUACAUUUGUAAACUAUCAUUUUGUUGAUGAAUAUGUAAAUUUUAAAAAUAUAAUAAGAAAACAUGCUCCAAAUGCUUGGGUAAUGCUACUGGUACCAGUUUUGGAACAACCACCUGACUUAAAGAAUGAUGAAAGAAAAAUCAUAGAUAAUAAAACCAUAUAUUGUCCUCAUUAUUACGAUGGUUUAUCCCUUAUGUUUAAAAGUUGGAAUAGUAAAUACAAUGUUGAUACCUUGGGAAUAAUGAGAGGUUGUUAUUUAAAUCCAGUAUUAGGUAUUGUAUUUGGUGAAAGAGCUAUAAGAAAUUGUAUAAGAAAACAAUUCAUUGAAAUGAGAAAUGAAUGUGAAAAAUAUUUAGGUCCCGUGCCAGUAUUAAUGUCAGAAACAGGUAUGCCAUUUGAUAUGGAUGACAAGAGAUCUUAUAGAAAUGGGAAAUAUAUUUCACAAACUGCUGCAUUAGAUGCUAUUAGCAAUGCUUUAGAAGGUGCAAAUAUGUCGCAUACUUAUUGGUGUUAUAAUAGCUCAAAUACUCAUAAAUGGGGUGAUCAUUGGAAUAAUGAAGAUUUUUCGUUUUGGUCAAUGGAUGAUAGAAAUUUAUCAUUUGCUGAUGAUGAUGAUGUUGAACCACAAAAUCCAACAAAUCCACCACCAAGAAGAAAAAGUUCAAUUGUUAGUACCAAGACAAAAAGAAAAUUAUCAGCUGCUACUAAAAUGGGGUUUUCAUCUUCUAAAAAUAGUACUAUUUCAACUACAUCAGACUCUUCCUUUGAUAAAGAUACUGAAUAUGAAACAGAUGACACUUCAUCACAAUCAUCAAUUAUUUCAACUACACCUUCAAAUGUUUACCAUCGUCAAUAUAGAAAAUGUUAUCCAUCUCCAGAUGGUGUAAGAGCUGCAAGUGCAGUAAUAAGACCAUAUAUGAUUGCAACAAAGGGUACUUUAAUAGCAUCAGAAUUUGAUAUAAAAUCAGUUAAAUAUUCAUUACAAUUAACAAUAGAUUUUGAUAAUAUAGAUCAUCCAACUAUAAUAUUUAUACCAAAAUGGCAUUAUCCAUUUCUUGAGUAUGGUGAUAUUUAUUUAACUUCUGGUUAUAUUAGAUAUAAUGAAGAAUUAGAAUAUAUAGAAUGGCAUCAUGGACCUGAUCCACAAUUAUUUCCAGAAGAUGGUGAAAUUGAAAUUCCAAAAGGUAUAUCAACAGAAACUAUUAUUGUUAAAAAUAAUUCAGGUUCAUUAGAGGAAGCAGCUUUGGUGGAAGAGAAAGGUUCAGAAAUUGGAUGUCCAGUUACAUAG